AUGGCCGUCUCUUCGCGCGCCAGCUUUCUGGCCAUCGCAGUCGUCUUUCACCUCGCCUACAUUUACUCCAUUUUCGACAUUUACUUUGUUAGUCCAAUCGUUUCGGGCAUGGCACUUGUCCAGAUCGACCGGCCCGACCAUGUCAAAGCUCCUGCUGAUCGUUUGGUUCUCUUCGUUGGAGAUGGUUUGCGAGCGGACAAGGCCUUCCAGUCCUUCCCAGAACCAUACCCCGAAUCCGAGGACGACCUGACUCCACGGCCAUUGGCCCCUUUCCUAAGAUCCCGCGUCUUGGAGCACGGCACCUUCGGCGUGUCGCAUACACGCGUGCCCACUGAGUCUCGUCCCGGUCACGUUGCGCUCAUCGCCGGCCUAUACGAGGACGUCUCGGCUGUCGCGACUGGCUGGAAGCACAACCCUGUCAACUUCGACAGCGUCUUCAACCGGAGCCGUCACACUUGGAGCUGGGGUUCUCCUGAUAUCCUUCCUAUGUUCGAGGACGGUGCUGUCCCUGGCCGUGUGGAUUCCUACACCUACGGCCAUGAGUUUGAGGAUUUUAGCCAGGAUGCUCUGCAGCUUGACUACUGGGUCUUUGAUCAUGUCAAGGAGCUUUUUGCCGAGGCGGCCAAGAACGAAACCCUGGACGCUGCCCUUCGUCAGGACAAGGUCGUCUUCUUCCUCCAUCUUCUUGGUUUGGAUACCAACGGUCACUCGUACCGGCCUUACUCAAAGGAAUAUCUCAACAAUAUCAAGGUUGUGGACCAAGGCGUAAAGGAAAUAACUGCGCUUAUCGAGAAGUUCUACGCUGAUGACCGAACCGCUUUCGUCUUCACAGCGGACCACGGCAUGAGUGACUGGGGAAGCCACGGCGACGGCCAUCCGAACAAUACUCGUACGCCCUUAAUCACCUGGGGUUCUGGCAUCGCACCGCCGGUGCUCACGCCAGACUCCGUUGCUCCAGGGCACGACGAGUACUCGUCCGACUGGCACCUUAACAGUGUCAAGCGACACGAUGUGGCGCAAGCUGACAUUGCGGCCCUGAUGUCAUACUUGAUCGGCGUGGAGUUCCCUGCCAACUCUGUUGGCGAGCUUCCCUUGUCUUAUGUUUCGUCGAGCAUCGAGGAGAAAGCGCAGGCGGCUCUUGUUAACGCCCGUGAGAUUCUCGAGAUGUACAGAGUGAAGGAAGAGCGGAAGAAGGCGACGGAGUUGCGCUAUCGGCCGUUCGGACCACUGAGUGACGCGGGUUUCACCCCUGAUAGCCGGGUGGCUGACAUUCAACGUCUGGUCGACGCUGGCAACUACGAAGAGGCUAUUGAAGAAUCGGCUGCUCUUAUGAAAAUUGCGUUGGAGGGCUUGAGAUACCUCCAAACAUAUGACUGGCUCUUCCUUCGCACGCUGAUCACGAUUGGCUACCUUGGCUGGAUGGCGUUUGCACUCACUAUUGUCAUCGACUUGCACGUCUUGCGAGGCAGCCACCCCCCUUGCCGUACGACAAUGGGCACAAUGGUUUCCACAUCAGUACUCGCAGCACUGUACGCAUCCUUUAUCAUCUCCAAGUCCCCGAUCACCUAUUAUGCGUACGGUUUCUUUCCCGUCGUCUUUUGGGAAGAAGUUUGGGCCCGACGCCGUUCACUUGUUGAAGGUAGGCAGGUGCUUUUCGGGCACAUCAAGACUGGAGGCAGCCUGGUAUCGUUUUCGUUGAACGUUGUGUUCUACGUUGGCAUCAUUGUCUCUUUGGUAAGAUUCAUCCUCACUUUUAACCACUUUGAUGUUGCUAACACAGCCGAGGCUCUUGGAUACAUCUAUCGCGAGGUCUUGACCGUCAUUUAUGUCCUUGCGGCAUUCUGGCCCAUGACGUACGGCUUGAGAUUCCUCCAUACGAACGCGUUGCUGUCUGUGGUCUGGUUUCUCUCGUGCCUCGUCAUGAGUGUAUUCACAUUGCUUCCGGCCAUGAAAACAGAGGACGUCCCUCUCAUCGUGGCCGGUGGAACUGCCAUGGCAGCUAUUGGUCUGGCUUAUCUUGUUUGGGAAGACAAGCUUCUUGCAAGACCAGCUCUGCCGACUGCCAGGGCUCUGACUGGUGUCCAGGUCGGUCUCAUCCUGCUCGCAAUCGUAGUUACCCGGUCCAGCGCCUUGUCUCUACAAGCAAAACUAGGAUUGCCUCGGGGCAACCAGGUGGUUGGCUGGGUUAUUCUUGUUGUUUCGCUGCUUAUGCCACUGGCCCAUCGCCUGCAGCCCAACAAUCACUACAUGCACCGUCUGAUGACUAUGUUCUUGACCUGCGCGCCGACGUUUGUAAUUCUGACCAUCUCGUAUGAAGGGCUUUUCUACGUGGCUUUCAGCAUUUUGCUGGUCGCCUGGGUGGGCCUUGAGCAUCGCGUAUUCAUUUUUAACAAGAGCUCUGCAGACGAGCGACGCUUGCAAUCCAAUGGUACUGCCAACAAAAAGCCGGAAACGUCUUCGUCAGCUUUCAGAGCCUUGACUCUCGCCGACGCGCGAGUUUCAUUGUUCUUCUUCGUCUUGCUGCAAUCGGCCUUCUUCAGCACAGGCAAUGUGGCUUCGGUCUCGUCCUUCAGCCUAGACAGCGUAUACCGGCUGAUCCCCAUCUUCGACCCCAUUUCCCAGGGAGCACUGCUCGUUCUGAAGCUCAUGAUCCCCUUCGCCCUCAUUUCGGCCAACCUCGGAAUCCUCAACGUUAGACUGGGCGUGGCGCCCUCGUCUCUCUUUAUGGUUGUCAUGGCCAUUAGCGAUGUUCUUACACUCUACUUCUUUUGGGUGGUGAAGGACGAGGGUUCGUGGUUAGAGAUCGGCUCCACCAUCAGUCACUUUUUUAUUGCGAGUUUGCUCUGCGUCUUUGUGGCCGCCCUUGAGGGAGUCAGUGCGCUGUUCAUUGGCGGCAUCGAAGUCGAGGGACCGCAAGGUAAUGGCAUACAGAACGGGACGGUAGCAUCUCAUACCACAGGACACACAACUACCAACGGCAAGAUACCUUCAGCCGUUGCCAACCCAUGA